ACGAACAUCUGAUACACAGGAUACGUAUGUGGAACAGAGGCGAGUCGCCGUGUACGUGGAGUUGUAUUGUAGACUGGUGGAUGAAUGGUUGGCACGUUGCAUCGUUGGCCUAGCCGGGCCUACUGGAAGGCCUCACCGAAAAUAGGGAACCAGUGGCUACUUUCGUAGGAUACCACUACUCCACUGACUGGUGAGCAGGCUUGCCAUCAACGACAGAGACAAGAGAGCCUUUUCAUCAUAGCGGUAAAUUCGUAGAAUGCGUAGUGGAAUUGUACAGAUAUUCCAAGAGGACUCUUAUGUGACGCAACUGGUUCAUUCGAUUUCGUACUGAAGGCACCCGCGAGAAGCACGAACAAGCUCCGUCAUGACACUAUGUAGCGUAAUGCUCAGCCACGUGGCACUGAUAACAUUUACUCUUUCCUUCUGUGAUACUCGUCCAGUUAAUUAUCAGACAAGCUCAAGCUCUCGUCGAGGCAACAAACUUAUCAUCAUACUGCUGGAUGCAUUUCGAUGGGACUACUUUGAGAUUCAGGGCCUUAAGGGAUUUGAACGCUUGAUGAAGCGAGGGGUAAAGGCCAAAUAUAUGAUUUCAGACUUCCCCAGUGAAUCCUUCCCGAACCAUUACAGCAUAACAACAGGUCUUCACGUUGAGAGUCAUGGUAUGGUUGGGAACCGCAUGUACGACCCAGCCACCAACGACACCUUCAAAGCCGGGUUGGGCGAGAACGACACUGAUCCAAAAUGGUGGAAUGGUGGGGAACCCAUUUGGAUCACUGGAAGAAAACAUGAUAGGAAGUCGUUUAUGUAUUCUUGGUUAGGCUGUGAAGUUGAGAUACGAGGUCUACGCCCAAACUUCUGUGAUGCGUAUAGUUAUGACAACGGGUCUUUUGAGACGAACUUUAAAUAUAUGAUAGACUCUGGAAUUAGGAAUCUUCUAGAGGAUGGUGCUGACUUAAUAGGUAUUUACAUCGAAGAUCCAGAUCACUUCGGCCACAGGUACGGACCGUUCAGCGAUGUCCUCAACAAGACAGUCCUGAACAUCGACAAACACAUAGAUUACCUUCAGGACCAGCUUGCUGAACAUCAGCUGACCGACGAAGUGAACAUCAUGAUCAUGUCCGACCACGGCAUGACUCAACUGGACCUGACUAAGAUGAUUAAUGUGACGAAAUACAUGUCAGCUGAGGAGCGGGAGAGGCUGACCAACAACUACAGAAACAAUAUCGAGUAUCCGAUGUUUUCUCUUUGGCCAAAACUAGGCAAGGAAGAAGAGGUUUAUGAAUUGUUGAAGAACGAGAACCCCCACAUGCAAGUCUACCAGAAAGGAUUCUUGCCUGAGGAAUGGCACUACAAGCAUAAUCCUCGAGUGGCGCCGAUCGUAGUCACGGAUGAUAUACCAUGGUAUAUGGUAUUGGAUACAUUAGAAAAACAUUACGAUUUCAAGGUGUUCAAUGACACUGGGCGCCCAGUGCAGGGUGGACAUGCCUUUGGUAACAGGGAAAGGGACAUGAGAGCCAUCUUUCUCGCUACAGGACCGGAUUUCAAAAGCGGCGAGAGAGACCUUCCUCCUGUAGACAUAGUGGAUCUGUACCAGAUGAUGUGUCACGUGUUGAAGAUACCAGCCGCUCCGAACAAUGGAUCGUGGGAACAUGCUGCAUCGUACUUGGAGGAUGUUGGAACGUACGGGGUUCAUUCCAGUCUGGGCUUGGUGGUCGUAGUAGGAUGCUUGUUUGUUAUGAUGUUUUGA